GACACUACGCUUACUACAUUAUAUUUUUUCGAGUUGCAACAAUUAUACGUAUAAUGCAAAUUUCCUUCGAGGACGCUUCAAAUAAUAAACAAGAAUAAGAUACUAAACUAUUUAUAUUUAUCAUGUCGUAUCAGCUAUAUAGAAACACAACACUUGGAAAUACUUUGCAGGAAAGUCUUGAUGAACUCAUUCAGUAUGGACACAUUACACCAACAUUGGCCUUCAAGGUACUUUUACAAUUUGAUAAAUCCAUCAAUACAGCUCUUAACCAACGUGUUAAAGCUCGAGUCACAUUCAAGGCUAACAAACUAAAUACUUACCGCUUCUGUGACAAUGUGUGGACCCUUAUGUUGAACGAAGUGGAAUUCAGAGAGGUUCACGAAUUUGCUAAAGUAGAUAAAGUUAAAAUUGUAGCUUGUGACGGGAAAAGUGGAGAAUUUAAUGGAUAAUAUACUAAAAUUAUGAAAAAUUAAAGAACUGUAUACUGAUAUCUCGCAAAUCACAUUAAUGGAUUGAAACACACUUAAUCAGACAGAGCAACAUAUAUAUGUAAAAAAAAAAGAAAUUGUAGGGGGACAAAUAACAAAUAACAUAAAAGAUAAUUUAUAUAUAAAAAAAUAAAAACAAGUUUUUAAUAGCA